AUGGAACACAUAAUUCUCGUUUCUGGGAAGUGGAAAGUUCAGAAAACUAAGUGGUUAUUUGAAGUAGAUAAUGAGCGAGGAAGCAUAUUGGUUGCUGCGAAUGAAGACACUCGACUUGAGGAUUUUGUGAAAAUCAUACUUGAGGAUUACGGAGUUGAUAUUGCAGAAAACGACGUGGAACUGCGGUACCUUUUGCCCAAGCAGAAUCAACACAAACAAAGCAUCGAUACACCACCUGUGAAAAUAGGAAACGAUAGGCAGUUUUAUGCAUUCUUGGGUCUCUGCAAAGUUGAGAACGUUCGACUAUGUGUAGAGUUUAAAGUUAACAGAAUUGGUGGGAAAGGGGCUGUCGAAGAUCAGAAACAACCCAUACAAGGAGAUGAGCCAUUGUGUGAAGACGAAGAAGAUACAGACGAAGAGGGUGAUCGAUUAGAUUACUGUGAUGAUUCUGAUGGAGCAACAUCUGAUGAUGAAAACUUUACUACAUACGGGAUUCCACCAGACCAUGUAGAAGAGGCCCAGGGAUCUUCUACAAAUAUGAUUUCUGCAAGAGUACUUAAGACACAAGAAAUAGAGCCUCCGAUGAGUAUACCUGAUUUGCGGUCAUUCAAAUUUGCAGUGGGACAGAGUUUCGAUUCCAAAGAUGCAUUGGAGACACGUCUGAAGAUAUGUUCAGUUGUCCAACGUUUCGAUUUUGAUGUGGAUAAAUCUACAAGGAAUCUGUUUCGUGUAAAAUGUUGGCUAGAAGGUUGUACGUGGAAGCUUAGAGCUUCACCAGUAGGUGAAUCAUCAAAGUUUACAAUCCGAGUAUAUGUAGAGGAACAUACCUGCUCCAUAACAGAACGUUCAUCUCGUUCCCGACAAGCUACUCCUGAAAUUCUUGGACUCUUGUACAAAGACUAUGUUGGUGGGGUUGAACCAUCAAUUUUGCCACGUCACGUUUCUAGUGCUAUGAACCUGAUCUUCGGAACAAGGGUCGACUACAUGGAUUAUUGGAAAGCGCGUCGUACACUUAUAGCUGCUAGAGAUCUCGUAAUGGGUUCUUCAGAGAAUGGAUACCAAGAAUUACCUACUUACCUACACAUGAUUAGAAUGUCAAAUCCAGGGACUUUAACUCGACUGGAAGUUGAUACAGAGAAUAGAUUUAAGUACUUAUUCCUUGCAUUCGGCGCUAGCAUUACUGGCUUUCCAUAUUUGAGGAAGGUGGUGGUGGUUGAUGGAACAUUUUUGCAAGGGAAAUACAAAGGAACGCUUCUGAUUGCAACGUCACAGGAUGAGAAUGAUGAAUCAUGGACAUGGUUUUUCCGCCAACUCAGUCGUGUGAUACCCCGAUGA